UUGCGUGCGAAAAGGCGACGGUGUUGGCGAGCCCACACCCAGAGACGCGCUUGAACGACCUCAACCUGAAACACAAGCGGACACGGAAUGACGAAAGGACCGGCCCAGGGUCCCGCUUUCAUGGGAGCCAAACAAAACGGAGCGGCUGGUUGGUUGGAAACGGAUCGUCGGACAUCGUGUCGAUCCAUGCGACCAGGGCACCAAAAAUGCCUGUGGUGAUGCCGUGGCACCCACGGACCGGGGGGCCUCAGCUCAACACGGAGGCGCGAUAUCGUGAGCGACGCCCCUCCCAGCCGCAGCCUCCUCCGCUCUUUGCACCGUCCCUACAAACAUCUCGCGAUGUUGUCGCCAGUUUCGCUGUCGAUAUUAGCGGCGCACGUCUUUGUGCUGGGUGUCUCCGCCCAUCUCGACUUGCUGGACGGGCUGCCUAGCUGCUGGCUAGACUGCCUCAGCAACACCGACGACGGAUGCGACUCGGCAAAAUGCAUAUGCGACGCCAGCCAGAGCGACUCGUAUCUUACCAGCGCCGUCGAAUGCGCGAGAUCGGAAUGCGAAGCAGACGGUUCGGCUCUGGACCUCCUCUUCCUAGGCCCGUUGGAUCUGUACUGCUCUGCCACCGGGGAAGAGAUUCCAGAAGACACGAUGAGCAGCGCCUAUGCCUGCGCGACCGCGACCGCAGCAUCCCCAUCGCUCACGACGCGGAAAGUCGAGCGCUCCACGGAAACCAGCGAGCACAAGACGACACAAGGAGGAGGAAGCGGGUCUACUUCCACCCUGGAGAGCGAGUCUACCGCUACGAGCGCCCCAUCCUCCGCCGCUGCAUCGCCGAGCCAGGCUCCCGAGACCUCCGCUCCGGCACCCACGCAAGCCCAGGGGGCGUCCUCUUCUUCAGCGAGCGCGAGUCCGACGCAGGGAACAUCGAAUAGCAACGGCAAUGGUAGUCCCUUCGAGAAUAUGCAAGCCGGUGCAUCGCAGUGGGGCUUCUCUAGCCUCGUUGUUGCCAUGAGUGUUAUUGCGGGACUUUUCCUAAGACUAUAACGUUGGCAUCUGGACUGGGGAUGAUAUGCUGUACGAUACACACGUCGAGGGCUUCGUCAUAUGGCAUUGGAAGAUACCACGGGCUUUCUGUAUAAGUUUGAAGCGUUCAUCGGUCUAUAUUAGGGAGUGUAUAUCACGGUAGCAUGAGAGCGGCGGCCGCGGGCAGGCCAGAUAAUUUCGUACUGGCACGAGGCCCUAACCACUGGAAGUACAUAAUAGAUAAUGAUUGCAUCUGC